AUGAAGCUGACUGACAAUGUGCUGCGGAGCUUCAGGGUGGCGAAGGUUUUCCGGGAGAACACGGACAAGAUCAACUGCUUUGAUUUCAGCUCCAACGGAGAGUCGAUCAUUUCGAGCAGCGACGACGAUUCGCUCGUCUUAUACGACUGCCAAGAGGGCAAACCCAAGAGGACCCUCUACAGUAAAAAGUACGGUGUGGAUUUGAUCAGGUACACACAUGCAGCCAACACGGUGGUCUACAGUUCCAACAAAAUCGAUGAUACAAUCAGAUAUUUGUCACUUCAUGACAAUAAAUAUAUACGCUACUUCCCUGGGCACAGUAAAAGAGUGACCUCCCUCUCCAUGUCUCCUGUGGAUGACACCUUCAUUUCAGGAUCAGUGGAUAAAACCAUAAGACUGUGGGAUCUGCGCUCUCCUAAUUGUCAGGGUCUCAUGCACCUCCAAGGGAAGCCGGUCUGCUCAUUCGAUCCCGAGGGUCUCAUUUUCGCAGCGGGCAUCAAUUCGGAAAUGGUAAAGCUUUACGACCUGCGGUCGUUCGACAAGGGUCCCUUCGCCACCUUCAAGCUGCAGUACGACAGGACGUGCGAGUGGACGGGACUUAAGUUCAGCAACGACGGCAAACUCAUCCUCCUGUCCACGAACGGCUGCGCACUCCGCAUUUUGGACGCCUUUAAAGGGGCCGUGCUGCAUUCCUUCGGGGGAUACAACAACAACAAAGGUGUGACGCUGGAGGCCUCGUUCACGCCCGACUCGCAGUUUGUCGUCAUCGGCUCCGAGGACGGCAAGAUCCACGUGUGGAACGCUGAAAGUGGCAUGAAAGUGGCCAUGCUUGAUGGCAAGCACACAGGGCCCAUCACGUGCCUCCAGUUUAACCCCAAAUUCAUGACGUUCGCUAGCGCCUGUUCCAAUAUGGCAUUCUGGCUUCCCACCAUCGAUGACUGA